AUGGAUGGCUACGUCCUUCAACAAUUGGGUAAUUGUCUCAUAUAUGAUGAAAGAAACUAUGAUACUUCAAGUCUUCAUAUUGAGUUUACAAACUUAUUCACCGCAUUAACAGAUGAACAUAAAAAUAUUUAUGAAACAAUUAUGGGUGUAAUGCAUAACCAACAGGGAGCUGUGUUUUUCCUUCAUGGAUACAGAGGUAAGCUCGGUGUAUCCAAUGACAGUGUUGCUGAAAUAGAAAUUCCUCGUGAAUUACUAAUCACUUCUUUUGACGACCCUAUUGUUGCAAUAGUGGACAGAGAGAGUAAGGAUUAUUACAGUUCUAAUUCCAUUGAUAGAUUUGAGAUACAUGACAGCAACACUGUUCACAACGGUCUAUAG